GGAAGAGAAGCCCCUUUCUGCCGGUGAGGCAGUUCAGACGUGUUUUGUAAGUUCAGGGAAGCUAAUAGAGAGUGUGUUCGAGUGACAGAUCGACAGAGCAUUUACUAUGCCGGGCCCGAAUCCCAGCGCCACCAAUGUGGGUGCCUCCAGCCGCUCUCCCAGCAAAGCAGUAGCCCCGCGAGCCGCAGGAUCCACUGUGCGGCAGAGGAAAAAUGCUAGCUGUGGAACAAGGAGUGCAGGACGUACAACUUCAGCAGGUACUGGGGGGAUGUGGAGGUUCUACACAGAGGAUUCCCCUGGCCUCAAAGUAGGUCCUGUUCCAGUUCUUGUUAUGAGCCUUCUCUUCAUUGCAUCUGUAUUUAUGUUGCACAUCUGGGGCAAAUACACACGGUCAUAGUCUUUACCAUGUUCCAACUGUCAACGUGAAAAUUACAUUUUGGACCAAAGUAUGGUUGUCUUCAGACUGAAUAAAUGGAGUAAUUAAGAUUUUCUCUUCUAUUUGAUCCUGCUGCUGAAUGGAAACAUUCUGCUGAAAAGGGUUUUUUAUUCCUUUCUGUCAAAAUUUGUACUGUAUCACUUAAAUUGCAAUAGAUCUCAUUAAAAAAUUGUGUCUACAUAAAUGAAA